AUGGAGUCAGAGGAGUUCAAUACGAGUGAAUUGGAAGAACCUGAUUUCAGUUCCGAGGUAGAAAGCUGUAUCUCACCUUUGAGUUUGACGGUUGAUAAUGCCGCAUCACCUUGUAGUUACAACACGAGCGAGUUAGAUGUAGACGAUUCGACUGCCCGUUUUACUUUCUCGAGUACAUCGCUCAAAAGCGACUGUUCGCUGGACGAUUACAAUCAGUUGUCGCUGGCAAAUGGUUUUUGUGACUCACCUGUUGGACAUUCAACUGUAGUUGAAACAUGCGCCGAUCUCGAUAGUUCUCUGGGAUGCUAUCCGAUUAGUUACUCGAGCGACGAAAGUCGGGAUGAGAAUGGUAAGCGAUAAAUUUUUAACCCCAAAUAAUCAUUUAUAUAUAUUUAUUAUAUAAAGUAUAGUGCUUUAUAGAGAUUUCGAGCACUGAUAAAAGUGAUAUCUCACAUGUGAGAUUAUUCAUGAUAAUCUCACAUGUGAAAAUUAUCGCUUUUCAAAUAUCGCUUUUCUGUAAAAAUUAUCGCUUUUCAAAGACUGUCCUUUAUAUAAUAAACAGAAAAAUACACGGGUGCUUGGAAAUACCAGAUUUAUUUCUCGUGUUGAACAUGAUAACAUUGUGAGAUAUCAUGUUCAACACGAGAAAUAAAUCUGGUAUUUCCGCGCACCCAUGUAUUAUUCUCUCUCUCUCUAUAUAUAUAUAUAUCGUGACCUUUCGAACACUGGAUAAAAUAUAAAUUGUAGUAUUUGUUUGUUAUGAAUUAUUGAUUAUUUGUAACGCAAAGUUUGUGGAUCAAGCAAUAUGGUUUUCAGUUUUUCACUGAAGUCAUACAACUUGACCAAUCUGCUGUUGUCGACCCCCCCCCCUCCCAUUUAAUAUAGUUUAUAAGGAUAUAUUUAAUGCCAGUAUAACCUAGGCACAUUCAACAUGAACUGAACUGACAGUACAUACAGCCUGUGAGUCAGGAUUAUUAAUUAACCAAAAAAAUCAUAGGCAAUAGCCCCUGGGUACUAUAAACUUCCAAACCGGGUUCGAUUCCUACCACGGUUAAGCAAACUUUUCAGCUGUGGCUGGAUGGGGAGAAUAUAUAUACAUUCUUCUAAAUGGGACAAGGGUUCUUUUCUAUAAGGAAACCCAUUUGAAAUUUGAUCAUUUUGACAAGUGAGAAAGUAAGCUGUCCUGGAGUGACAUAUUUGGCAUAUUUAUCAGUUAUAGAAGCCUUUCACUUGCAGGGUAUUAUACUGAACCUUGUAUCGGUAGGGCUUGUACUUGCACUUGUAAUAACUUUUAAAUUUAAAACACAAUUUGUGGUAUUUGAUAAAAAUUCCUAUGAUCAUGUGGUACAAGCAUGAGAAAAGCCAGUGUGAUCUAGGGCUAGGCACAUUGAACAUGAACUGGCAGUUAUACAUGCAUCCUGUGGGUCAAGAUUAUUGACCAAAUAAAUCAUAGACAAUACUACAAUAGCCCCUGGGUACUUUAUACCUCCAAACCAGGUUUAAUUCCCACUGCGGUCAAGCAAACUUUUCAGCUUGCCCGGUGUGGACACACUCACAAUGUGGACGGGCUGCUCAUGCAGUGUGCUAAAAUUGGCGUCUUUUUUUAGGCCUUAACUUUGCGCUUUACCAUACCUACACCACUGCAGAGUCAACUAGACAAUGAAUACCAUAAUACUGUAUAUUGUGUCUUUUGAAACAGGGACAAUUACUGCAUAUAAGAGAGUUUAAGUUCGACUACCAAUACCGAUACCAAUGUUUUCACUUCCGUUCUCAUUGUGGUACCUGGAAUUUUAAAGCGUUAAGUUAUCAUGUACAACAGAUAAAGUAUAGAACACAUUAGUCGUCACCGAAAAUGUGCAGUAUACUAAAAGGCAGCUGAGCUAAAAUUCCGACUAAAACAUGACUCAGGUGAUGCUAAAAAAAAUAGUUUACAUGUUUAUCGUAAAAAUUAUGAAAUAUCUGAUUUAUAUGAGUUCAUCUUACCAUUCCCCUGACUUCCAAUACAAAGCCGACUUCGGUAGUGGUAUACUCCAAUACACUUGUCCUGAGCUCGUGCUUCUUGUGAGCAGAGAGCAUGCGCAUGGCAUGUUGUUAGUAUUGGUAUUGGUAUUAGUAUUAGAAGUCAAACUUAAACUCUCUAUUAUCCAGUAUUCCAGGGCUUUAUCCAAAUACAGGCAAGCACUUUUGCUGCCCCCGUUUUAGAAAAGAAGAUUCAGUUUUUGUGACGCAGGAAUGUAGCGAAGGGGCAAAGUCCAUGAAAGAUUUUGCUAUUUCCACAUCUUAGACUAUGUUGCCGCUUUGUUGCUCGGAUGUAACCGUGUGGUUUGUGAAUGUAAAUAUUGCACGCAAUAUGCAUCGAUGUACUCAUAUUCAAGCUUAUUUUUUCUGCGGCUUUUUCACUCUUCCAGUUCAAGGUUGUGUAAAUUUUAGAUUUUAGUUGAUCAGAAAAUUUAUUCUUCAAUAUUUCCAUUUCAUUGGUGCUUGGAUAAAGCCCAGGUAUCCAAUAUAAUUUUCUCUUCAGGACUGGUAUCCAGAGACUCAACUUUCUGGUUGCCAUUGAUCUGGUACUAUCCGGCAAAUACAAAUGUCUAUUGUGAUAGUGCUUAAAUUUAAGAUAUUGGGAGACCAUGUGAGAUGUUGUUUUCCUAAUCUAUAGUAUAGCCAGUAGUUUUGUGAAAUGAAAUUAGAUGAAGUGGGUAGACGUAGUGUAACUGGAUGUGGAGAAUACACAUUCUUCUCAAUGGGACCAGGGUUAACUUGUCAUGGAGUGACAUUGGCAUAUUUAUCAGUUAUUAAUGGCCUUUCACUCCGGGGUAUUAUACUGUACCUAUAAUUAUAACUUUUAAAUUUAAACACAAUUUAAACACAAUUUAAACUUUUAAAUUUAAACACAAUUUCAUAAAAAUUCCUAUGAUCAUGUGGUUCAAUCCUGAUCAAAUUAUUAUGCUGCAGUAUUAUAAAGUAUUAUAAUAUGUAUUUGAAAAAAGAUAUGGAACGUGUAAAUUUAUGUCUGACUAAGUGGUAUUCUGUUGUGACUGUGGUACAUGUACACCUUAUUUGUUAAUUGCCUUAUUGCUCUACUCUAUAGAUCAAGAAUGUGCAAGUGUAGAUGUAGAGAGGCCAUUUAAAGGUAUGGUUUUCUUUGUUCACCUUUGUCCAAGCAAACAUUUACAUGUGACUGCUGACAGUAUCAAACAAGUACUUUGUCAGAAAGGCGCCAGUAUUAGUUUGUUUUUCUGUCGAGAUGUCACACAUUUGUUGACUAAUGUCAGUGUUCUGCAAAAGGAAGAAGACUUAAAGUUUCCUAAGAGGCUUCCACAAAAUACACGCUCAAUGUCGAUGAUAAAAAUGAGUCACAGAAAAAUUGAAACACAAAACAUAAUAUGUAGUUCAAAUUGUAUAGUGCAAGCACAACUACUUGGGAUAGAAAUUGUAACUGUAGCUGACUUGUUUGGAGAUAUGUUUGGUGUGAAGAAAGAAUCUAUAACUAAACUAAAUAAGUGCCAGCCUGUGAUAAAGGAGACAUAUAUUAAACAAUGGCUGAAAAAGAUAAAAACAUAUUAGAUUAUGUAAUUAUACAUUUAUUAAAUAAAAUGUGUAAAAUUAGAACUUUCAUGUACUGGUAUUGUACAGUAGGUGAAUUCUGUUAUAAUAAUGUUGGAUAUGGCAUUGCUUUUCCCUGUACAGUAUGCUGCAUACUGGGUAUAUUCAGGAAAGUAUGGUACCCAGAAAGAUAGUACCUACAGUACUGUAGUUGAAAAACUUCCUAGUGCACUGAUAUUAGUAAAAUGAAGGACGAAAGUCGGUAUAAGUUUAAUUGAUCAUACUGUAGAAUAUAUUUUGAUUAUUGCAUUGGGGAACUACGGACAUUGAUACGGAAAGCCUUGUUCACAAAGUGACAAAAUUCACUUAUAAUUGUCAUACCAAUUUGUAAUUAAAAAUGUAAAUCCAUCAUUACUAUCUGUUAUUUAUAAUAUAUGUAGGUGGAAUUGUCACUCUUUGACACUCUUAUAUAUUCAGUGGCGGACACUUCGCAAAAUAGUGGUGGGGGAAUUAGUUUACCAACAUAUAACCUCCUUUUGUAGCUAGCAAUCUUAGACGCUGUUUAUAACUUUAUAUGUUCUCCGGUACUAUGGACCCCCCCCCCCCCUAAAGACAACUUUACAGCAUGUUUACAUGUAUACAGUAUGUGAACAUUUAAAGCCCUGGCACUGUAUCCCCUCCUUUAGGUACGAGAUCGUGACUCCUAUUUUUCCCUCUCCCAAGGUAGCUUGUGGGGUAGGGUGUCCCUAGUACCCAAGACCAUAUAAACAGCGUCUUAGUUGAGUUCUUUCAACUCUUUUGCCCUAAAUAUGCAAUGGACAGUACAAAUAUAUGGCUUAAUAUAUGGCAAAUACAAAUAUAUAUACAAAUAUAUGGCAAAAGUGGUUUGACUAGUUAUAAUGGUUUGACUAGUUAUGUGUAUAUGUAUCUAUACUCUGGUAACUUAUGUGUAUUCUAGAGAUUGGAAUGUUAUCUUAUAGAGAAAGUAACGCAUAUCUCAAAUCAAUAGCUGAAGGUAUGGGCAUGAAUUAAGUAUGUGUUUUUAGUUUACAUCCUGGCCUAGUUGGUUUUACAUCCAAAAUUAAUUGAUUCUGUGUUCUUAUUUUAUUUAGUACGCACAAUAGAAUGUUGUAAUGAGAAAUGUAUACUAAAAAUUGAAUUUGCCCAGUUGAUAUUGGCAAGGCAAUCAUUUCAGCAACUUUCAAGCAAGGGGAAAAAGCAGUGGAUACUGGAAUAUUUAACUCAACACGAUAAGCAAGGGUAUGUUUGAAGCAUGAGUACAACCAACCAAACGAAUAUGGGUUAUUUGUGUUAAUUUAUUUUUCAGGUGUUUACUUAUUAUUUACAACCCUUAAUUCUUAAACAGGCAAGACAGGGGGUCAUCCAAUCCGUCAAAUAUGGUGUCCGAUUGAUAAACCAGUGAGAGCAUCUGUCUCUCUGACCAAUGCAAUAAAAACGAAAAUCACUUAAUUAGCUAUAUAGAGAUCGAGCCUUCUUUUCUGUACACGUUAACAUGUUUAUUUCCUUAAGGAAAGCAUCAUCUGUUCUAUUUGUUGUACGUGGAUACUCUGUUUGCAAAACUGCUUGGACUCUAAUAUAUGGCAUUGAGAGGAAGAUGUUUCACAACAUGAUCACAUUGCAUAGGUCAGGGAAAUGUGAGAUAGCAACCCCAUACAAGAAGAGAAGAAAAACAAAGACAUUCAUUGCAAAGGUGUGGAUGGAAUCUACAUUUGCCAAAAUUGGUGACAAGAUGCCCGAUAACGUCCGAAUACAUUUGCCAUGCUAUUUGGACUUCACAAUAUUGUAUCAGUACAUGCUUGCUGAUUUGACAUCAGUUGGGGAUGAAGUCGUUUGCUAUUCGCAGUUCUGCAAAAUGAUGAAAGACGAUUUUAAAGAUGUUUCAAUACCAAAGGUACCUAUUACAAAUUCCGUAAAGACAUAUUCAUAAGUUACGUUUACUAACAUUUCAAGUUUCUGUAAAGACAUAUUCAUUGAAGUUACGUUUACUAACAUUUCAAGUAUGAUUUUUGUGCAUUUCCCCUCGAUACGUAUAACUAGUUGGAAUUUAAUCUAUGCCCCUGCGAGUCCAGUGCAGUGCUCUCAGCACUGAGCUACAGACUGACUCAUUUGCCGUGAAAUGUAGGCAUGAGGUUUUCGGAUGUUUCUCCGGUUUGGUCUUCCAAUCGUAUAUAUUACCUUUAUCCUCAUCUUAUACUAACAUUUCAAGUGCCUGAGUGUAUACUCUUUAUUUGUACUUGUAUACAGCUAUUUCAAUUAAGGUUGUCCCCGAGUAAAGCGGAAAAGUCUAAUACGAGCGCGAAGUCGCGAAAGGCUUGCUGGGAAUCGCGAAAAGUCAUUAGCUAUUCCCAGCAAGUCUUUCGCGCCCGUGUUCGACUUUUCUGCUUUGCUCGGGGACAACCUUAAUUGAAAUGGCUGUACUACGUGUCAUUAAUAGAAAAUUAGUCAACCAUAUUAUUUUAUUUUGCUCAUAUGAUAAUACUGGAUACAUGCUGAAGUUUAUUGGUCCAAUCCUAGGACUGGGUGAAAAUUAAUUCAGUCCCUGGACUGGAUCAAAAUUAAUUCACCUCACUUUAUGUAGGGAUUCACUCGUUUGAGAUGUUAAUCCAAAUCCUUCAGUGGACCAAACCCAUAUUAAUCAAAAAUUUUAACUCAACAAGUCCCGACAAAAUUUUCAUCACAGCUUGAAAGAGCAUCACAAAAUUAGCAAUAUUCCAAAGUUUCGUUGCGAAAUAAAAUUACAAACUUAACUGAAAAUUACAAACUUCGCAAGGCUAUAUUAUCCGCACUUUACAACUUUUCGCAACGAAACUUUGGAAUAUUACUAAUUUGGUGAUGCUCUUUCAAACUCUGAUGAAAUUUUUGUUUAGGCUAGUUCGGAUCAAAAUUUUAGAAAAGUGGUACCGUUUCCCGCUCGUAAUACAAAAUUACUGAAAAUUGCAAAUUUCGCAAGGCUACAGUAUAUUAUCCGCAUUGAAGUGUUGGAGUGUUGAAGUAUUCUUUCUUACUAUUUAAUUUUACAUUUUACUGCUUUUGCUGUACUGUAGGCAACUCGUCUUACAAAAUGUGACAUUUGUAUAAUGCUUAAAGAAGAAAAGCAAAAAACCAUGGAUAAAGUGGCAAGGAACUACUACGACAUGCUGUAUUCUCAGCAUAAUCAACUUCAACGGUAUGAACACUAUAAUUAUAAACUACAUACUGUAAAUAUCAAAUUUCAGUGUGAACAAAAAGAACAUUAUGGCAAACAUCCGAUAGAUUCACAUGUUUUAUAAACAUGGAAAUAGUCGUUCGUCCUGAUAUUAUGUGUGGGUCAUUGAAGUUGUGAGAUAAGGCCAUUCAGAAAUACAUAAACCCAGAUUUAGCGCUAACCGAACUUCCAAGCUUUGAACAACAAUCCUGGAUGUUAAAAACUCGCAUCACUACAGUAUAUACACGAGUGCAAUGUGCAUCCAACACAGAAACACCCUGUUACAGUACGUCGCAGUGUAAAAAAACUCUCUUCCUCUUAUUUUUCAUUGCAGGGAAGAGAGGGAAAAAUACUAUCACCAUCGUCAGAAAGCGAAAUCAAAACCCGACAAGGUCACUUGUGUGAUAAUUGAUGGUAUGGAUCAAAUGAAAUUAUUAAUUCCUAAAAUGCUCAAUCAAGCCAAAGCAUACGCAAGUGCUUGGAGACUGAAAACACAUCUUACAGGUAAUUAUGACUUUUUGUUUUUCGCUGGAAUUUUCCGGGCAUUGCCCUGGGUCUUCAUCAGGGUUAAUAGUAUUGUUUGCAAAGAUGAAGAUUUGGGUUUGGAUAUCUAAUAUUUUGUCAAAUAUACAGAGGGUGCAUUUGCAGAGCAAAAACCAUGCUAUAAAGCGAUGAUAAACCUGUAUUUCUAGGCCUGUCUUUGCCUCAUUCGGUAAUAUAGAUUGGCUGGUUGAACUAGUCAGCCAACUAGUGAUUAGAAAACUAGAAAACAGCCUGUCAAUGGCAGACCUAAGGCUUUUAAUGUAAACACAGUUUAUAUGCAAAAGUUUAACUAUAGCAUCGUGAACUUAUAUCUAAUAUCCUACAGGUGUUAUCAAUCAUGGCAGAGAAGCUCUUGGCUAUUUCGAUCUCAACCAGUGGCCGCAUGACAGUAACCUUACUUUAAAUGUUUUGUUGCAUGUUAUUUUGAGAAUGAACCCAAUCCCGGAUAAACUUUAUCUUCAAAUGGACAACUGCUGGAGGGAGAAUAAAAAUCAAUUUGUCCUUACGUUUCUUGGUGUUCUAGUUCAGUUGGACAUCUUUAAAAAGGUGCUGCUUUUUGUUGAAAAAAAUUGCAUUUAGACCGAGAUUCUUUGAGAACAUACAUGGAAUAUAAUUUGAUAUAUACAUGGAAUAUAUACUGAUAAUUGUUUUAUCACGAUAGGUUAAGAUCAAUUUUCUAAUGAAGGGGCACACCCAUGAAGACUGCGAUCAGUUAUUCAGUCGCUAUGGUACAAAACUUUCCAGCAAUAAUGUUGUAACCGUAGAAGGUAUGUGUAUUGAAUGUAUGCUUUGACGGCGUUAGGUGUGUUAUGACUAUAAUAUCUUUUUAGCCUUACCAAUUCAGGAUUUUUUGUUAUCUAGACAUGAUGACCAUGUUUGAGGAAUCGUACAGCCCUUCACCGAUUGCAUGCUUAUUGAACCAGAUGUUUGAUAUAAGGGAAUGGCUGACACCAGUGAAUGCCCAAUUGCACAAUAUAUCUAACCCUCAUGUUUUUGUAAUUGAAAAGAAUACAGCGAACAUUGUUGUGCUAAGGUAUAAGAAUUGGAGCAGAGAUCUCGAGUGGAAACCACAUAAUGAUCCAGCCAACGGAAUUCCUAUCCUUACCCCGGUAUGUCGUUUACGAAAUAAUGUAACUCAUUCUUAUUACGGGUCUGCAUUAAGAAAAACAGUCGUUUUGUUUGCAUUGUUUGAUUUGUCAAAGCAUGCAAGAGCACAACCUUAGCUAUAUGGAACCUCGCUUUUGUAAUUCACAUACUUUGUCUAGAGCUACAGGUCAUUUACGGAAGCAAGGCCCUAUAGUCACGGGCCUCACGGCUGAAUACUUUCCGAUAAAACGAUUUUCCAAGGAAUAUAUUUGUAUUGUGUCAGGGAAGAUUUUGCUGACUGCGAACUUCGUUUUUUGUAAUUUAGAAUGUGGAUGUACCAAUUACAGUUCCCAACCUCGUGCCGUCAUCGCCUGACAAAGUCGAUUUGCAACGUUUGGAACGAGACAUCCCCAAGUUUCUGGAUAAUUCCAGGGUAAUAACACAGGAGCAGCGUGAGUGGUGGCACCGCUGGUUUUCGAAUUCACAAAAGGUCUACGGACCAGCGCCACCUAAACCUAAUACAUGGUUACUGAAUGACUUGAAGCAGAAGAAAGCCAACUGCAUCAUCACCAAUGACCAGGAGACAAGAAAUGAAGAAGACGGAAACGAAAUUCCAUCAGGUGUUCCUGACGAUGUGCCGAAGAUUGUGGCAGCUCAAUGUGGAGAAAUUCCAGAGGUAUAUAAAAUGUAGAAAAUUUAAAUUAACCCAAAACGGAAGAAUCGUGUUGUAUUCUUCCUAUAAUUAACUCGGCUAUUUUUUUAUAUUUUAGGUCUAUGUUGGAUCAUACCGCAAAAGAACAACAGUUACUACUGUAGACAAUGUAUGGGACCAUGUUCUCGUCGAGUCGCUUGUUGCGGUUAACCUGGAAAACUACAAUAAAGUUCCUGUCAUUGGGAAAGUUUUGGAAAAAAAGGACAAUGAAUUUACAAUUCAUUAUUGGAAGGGUUCGUGGAACAAAAAAUGGGAACCAUGGCUUCACAGUGAACGACCUUGGACAGAUGUACUUCCAAAAGAAUGUGUUUACCUGGCUGCUUUUACUCUUAAUGAAGGUGACAAACUUUCUGCGGACACAAAAAGGCAAAUGAGAUUGUUUUUGAAUGGUGGACAAAACCAGUAA